CAUCCAUUGCUGAGACACUGAUGCAGAGACACAUUUCUACAAACCUGAUGAAGAAACAAACUCAUCCUAAUCUUGGAUGGCCUGAGAGUGAGUAUAGGCACAAAGUGUUCCCUUUAAUAGUUGUGCCCCGACUUACCGUCCCAGAAUGCUUUGAUGUAGAGCUGAUUGUGUUCAGCCGCCGUAUGUUAAUGACUAAGCCAUGCGUAGGCCAGAUUCAUCGCAGUGGAGAAGCGUGCCGGAUGAAUCAAUGAGAGAUAAGAGAGGUGGAUGAACUUGUCCUGUGGCGGUCAAAGUACAGUCAUGAGACACAGCACAGUGUUUCAACAAGCCGAAUGAUUCAUAUGAAAUAUUCAGUAAACGUACUAGUGUUCAGAGGAACACGCUGCACAUCCCUGACAUGUGCUUGCAGUUACAUUCAUACUGCUGUUUCGUAAAGCAAUAAAUAAUAAUGUGCCACUGAAAUUGCUCUUGUGUUGCCAUUGUGAUUUUAUAUCAGGUCUCUGGAGCAAUGAAGCAUGUUUUUAAACUUGUCUCAACCUGCAAACAGCAUGCUUUAAUAUCAGGGCAGCUACAUCUGCUCGCUGCAGCCCCGUCAGCUCACUGUAGGUGGCGUACCACGCACAGAAGCAGGACAGGUCAUUCAAAACCAGCCUUCAUCAGGAGUAAUUACACAUUUCACAGUGCUGGAACAGGACACUCGAGCUGUAGACACACAUGAAGCAGAUCACACUCACGUCAGUGAUGUUCUUCACUCAUGUGCUGCUCUCUCUGCUGUCAGUCAUUAACCAGCUAUCAGAGAUCACCACACACAAAGCCAUGUUAUGUAAUGCAGCAUUCCUGCGCCUUCAGAAGACCAAUGAAUGGCUGUCUUCAAGAGUCUGGCCAGAGGUCAUGUGACUAACAGGGUUCGGUUACACAGACGACAAUGAAUUAAAUGUGAACACUAGUUACAGUGAUCCAGAGGUGAUUGUGUUGCUCAGAUUCCGCUCUUUAAUAACUCAGGAAGAGUUCAUGCUUGAAGAAAUAACAACAGAGACAAAUGAGCCAAUAGAUGAACCCCUGAUAACAUCUACACUGCAAAGAAUUGUUUUCUUACUGAAUAUUUUUGUCUUGUUUUACAGUACAAAUAUCCACUUCUUAAAACAAGAUACAUUUACUCAUCAAAAUUGGAUUUAGGCUUAAAACAAGUAAAAAUAUCUGUCAAUGGUGUCAGAAAUAUAACAAGUUUGUUUGUUUGUUUUGUUUUUUUUAAUCCAUGGGCAUUUUUAAACAAAACUCUUAAUUUAAAAAACUUAAUUUUGAUUUUAAAAAUUCAGAAAAUAAGUAUAAAUAAUAUUUUAAUUAAUUUUGCUUCUCAGUAAUGUGUAUUGAUAAGAUUGUUGAGAAAUUUAUACUGGAAAACAACAAAAAUACAGAGUAAGAACGUUUUUUGCAGCAUACAGUGACUCUCACGAUGAUGAGAUCUGAAUCUGAGCACAGUUUGAGACAUUGUUGAGCUAUUUAAGAGAUAUCUCGUGAUUUUCUGUUCUGUAAAGAUGAAAAUGUGUACAAUUUUAAAGUGUUGUUUAAAAAAAAAGAAAAAACUUAGUUAUAUAAAAAAUUUAAAAAAAAAAAAAAAAGUUUAUUACUUUUUGUUUCCUUUUAGUUAAAAUCCGCAACAUUUUAAAGUGUUAUUUAAAAAAAAAAAAAAGUUUGAUUUUAUUAGUACUUUUUGCUUUUAUUUUAAACUUCACAAGUUGAUUGUAAACUUCACUAAACUUAAGGUUGUAUUUUUUGGUUAUAUUUAAUUUAUUAGUAUUUUAGGUUUGCGUUUAGUUUAAUUUUGUGAGUAGCCUACUUUUUGUUUUCUUGUAGUUUUAUGUCAGCUUUAAUGUGCUGCUGAAGUGAUGAGAGUUUUUAUGGCAUUGUUCCUCACUGAAUGUGUUCUGAUCUCAGUGUAUUGAUGGUUCAGUGCAUUAGUGUUUAUCUUGAAUAUCUCAUUCAGUUGAUCAGUUUUGUCAGCGUGUGUGUGAAGGCAUCUGCUGGUAUUGUUACUGUCCCUUCCCCCAUCCCUCGUGUGUGUGUGUGUGUGUGUGUGUGUGUGUGCUGCAUGGGAACAGCCAGAGAAUGGAGGUGGAGGGGAGAGGAGAGCAGGGGGAGGAUCCAGAGCUGCGGCCGUCUUUCUUUUCACUAACUCUGGAGUUGAGUUUAGAAAAGCCUGAAAUGACUAAUGAGAAAGCAAUGAGGUGCGAGCACUGAUCCUGGACUAAAGUCUGAAUCCUCAGCCUCUUUCCUGCAGUCUGCGGCAGAUUUACAGCUGAACUAUGACGAGGUGAAGAGAGUCUCCCUCUCGUCUCACGCUUACAAGAGCAGCUAACUCUCCCCCAGACAAGAUGGAGGAGGGAUAUGAACUCGACCUCACCUAUGUGACGGAGCGCAUUAUUGCGGUGUCCUUCCCUCAAGACUGCUUCGAUGAGACGUACCUGCGCAACCUGAGAGACGUCACGCACAUGCUCAAGUCCAAACACGCAGACAACUAUCUGGUGAUCAACCUGUCAGAGAGAAAGCAGGAGCUCACUAAGAUGAACCCUAAGACUCUGGACACGGGGUGGCCGGACUUCCACGCUCCUCCUCUGGAUAAGAUCUGCACCAUCUGUAAGGCCAUAGAGAACUGGCUAAACGCCGACCCGCUGCAUGUGGUGGUCAUUCACUGCAGGGGAGGGAAGGGCAGGAUCGGAGUGGUCAUCUCCUCCUUUGUUCAUUUCACAGAUGUCUCUGCCAGUGCGGAUCAGGCUUUAGAUCGCUUCGCCAUGAGGAAGUUCUAUGAUGACAAGGUUUCUGCUUUGAUGACGCCGUCUCAGAAAAGGUACGUGUGGAUCCUCAACAGUCUCCUGAGUGGCUCCAUCAAGAUGAACACGUCUCCUCUCUUCCUCCACUGCGUCCUCAUUCACGGCAUGCCUCGCUUUGACCCUGCAGGAGUGUGUCAGCUGUAUCUGAAGGUGUAUCAGGGCAUGCAGGUGGUCUACGUCUCAGGAGUCUAUCACGUUGGAGCCGCUCACAGAGACAGGAUCUCCAUUGCCCUCGAACCAGCACAGCUACUGAAGGGAGAUAUUAUGGUGAAAUGCUUCCAUAAGAGCAGCGGGUCUGAGCGAGACCUUAUAUUCAGAGUUCAGUUUCACACGGGAGCCGUUCAGGCCUACAGCCUUGUGUUUCAGAAAGACGACAUGGAGCACGCUAAUAAAGAUGCCAGAUUUCCAGAUUAUGGGAAAGUGGAGUUAGUUUUCUCUGAUGGGCCAGAAAGAAUUUCAGGUUCAGAUCGCUGGCACAACGGCCCAGAUGUGACCGUCGACUACAUGAGCGCAGAUUCUCUCUCUAAAUGGAACUCCUACCAGAACAUCUGCACUGCAGAAGAAUGUGUUUGUGUUUCCUCUCCUCUCUCUCCAGCGGCUCCUCUCCAGUCUCCUGCUCUCACGCUGGACCGAUGCUCGGUGAGGAGGAACGGCAGCAGCAGCGCCACGCUCUCCUCCAGCCCUGACCACACGCUCUCGGCCAGCAGCGACUCGGGUCUGUCCAGUGCCUCGCUGCGCACCGAGGGCUGGCCCAGAACCCCGCAGCCCAGCCAGCAGGAGCGUGUGGAGCUCAAGCGGCUGCUCAGCGGCUUCGGCCUGGACGAGACGAGCCGAGGAUGUGCCGCUCCAGAGCCACCGCCGCCGAGCCUCGAGAACGGCCCGAAGGAGCGCGAGACCGACAUCCUGGACGACGAGGCGCUGGCCUCGCGGCACGACCUGCACAGCGUGGACAGUCUGGGCACGCUCUCCUCGUCCUAUCACAAGAGCAGCCAGAACUCGCUGCUGUCGGACGGCUUCGGCAGCCCCGGCCGCGCAGACGAGCCUCAUGUGUUCCAGCACGCCGGAUACUCCACGCAGACCUGGGUCCAUCAGCAGCAGCUGGUCGCAGCUCAGCAGUACUUGUACCUGCCGGAGGAGGACGGCGCGGAGGAGCGCUUCAGCAACCACCUGCAGGAGCUGCUGCCUAAAGCCUCCGUGCAGAGCCGCUGUCCGUCGAGCCCCGCCAUCUCUCAGAGCCAAGACACGGACAAGAAACACGACGAGGAGUUCAGCUCUCUGACGCUGGACAUCGAUAACUCCAUCCAUCAGCUCAACCAGCUCAUCCUGGACCUGGAUCCCACAUUCGUGCCUAUUUCCACCAAACCCAGCUGCUUCAGCAGAGCCGGCGGAGCAGACACACAGACUCGUCAGACGGAACACAGAUUCAUUAUGAGCCCAAAGACGAGUGACGUGACGGAGCUCACUGGAGCACGAGGACAGACGGCCUGGACACUGAACCUGAACACAGCAGACACACACACACUGACCGCUGCUGCACCGCACACACAGCAUGCAGCGGUGUUCAGAGCAGAUGGUGUGCAGCAUUCGUCUCACGGUUCACUGGACACUGGCAGUGACAUGAUGCCCUCAACACCAGCCUUCCCCAUCACACCAACCACUCCAUAUGUGAAGAGCAUGAUGGGUUACUCAGCGUUCAGACAGACGCCGUCUCCUUCAUUUGGAUCCUGUAGAGCUGAACACGAUAUGAGAGAGAAUACAGGAUUCAUGGGAGCUUCAAAUGAAGGUUUCCAGCAUCACAGACCGUACAUCACUGGAGUCACGGCCUUCUCUGACCGGUCUGCAGACUGCGUGAGCUUCGCCCCGUCCUCCGGCCCGUCUCUGCCCGCUCCGAAUGCCCACAGCUCUCCUCUCAGCGGCCCGAGAGCCCGGGUCCUGCAGCAGCCGUUUGAGGAGAAGCUGGGCUUGGGCCUGACGCUGGAGGCACUGGAGUCUGACGGCGAGCUGUCGCAGGGCUCGGUGUCUCCCAGCGGUUUCUCCAGUCCUCACAGCGGCAGCUCGCUCAGCAUCCCCUUCCCCAGCGUCCUGCCCUCCGACGGGCUGACCGUCAGCUUCGUCCAGGACACCUCCAAAUACUGGUACAAGCCCGACAUCGCUCGGGAACAAGCUAUCACGCUCCUGAAGGACAGAGAGCCUGGCUCCUUCAUCGUGAGGGACAGUCACUCGUUCAGAGGAGCGUAUGGACUGGCCAUGAAGGUGUCCACACCGCCACCGUCAGCCCUGCAGACCCGGAGAGGAGUGGAUCUGUCCAGUGAGCUGGUGCGGCACUUUCUGAUCGAGUGCUCGGCGCGGGGCGUCCGGCUCAAGGGAUGCCCAAACGAACCCUACUUUGGCAGUCUGAGCGCUCUGGUCUGUCAGCACUCCAUCACUCCUCUGGCUCUUCCCUGUAAACUCAUCAUUCCUGACAGAGAUCCUCUAGAGGACGCUGUCAGCACAUCCUCGCAGUCCAUCACCAACUCUGCGGCUGAGCUCCUCAAACAAGGAGCAGCCUGUAACGUGUGGUUCCUGGGCUCGGUGGAGAUGGAGUCUCUGACGGGGAAUCAGGCGGUGCAGAAGGCCACCACUGAGAUCCUGAGAGCCGACUCGCUCCCGUCCUCCACCGUAGUGCACUUCAAAGUGUCCUCGCAGGGAAUCACGCUCACCGACAACCAGAGAAAACUGUUCUUCCGGAGACACUACGCUGUAAACACCGUCAUCUUCUGUGCUCUGGACCCUCAGGACAGGAAAUGGAAACGAGAUGGCUGCUCCUCGGCGAAGAUCUUCGGGUUUGUGGCGAGGAAAGCGGGCAUUGGUUUGGAGAACGUGUGUCAUGUGUUCGCGGAGCACGACCCCGAGCAGCCCGCCAGCGCCAUCGUCAACUUCGUCUCCAAAGUCAUGAUCGGCUCUCAGAGGAUGUGAUGAACGAGGGGUCUCUGAAAACCAGCAUGUACAGUGUGUGUAUAUUUGUGUAUUGAACGUGUAAGUAUGGUUUACACAGACUCAAAAAGAAUUACUCUCAUUGGAAAUAAAUCUCAACAUACAUGUUUAUGGACAGUAAUGCUUUUUUAAAUUAUUUCUAGUAUCUUAUGUGUAAUGUAUCUCACUACUGAUGACAUAAAACCAAAAACGUCUUUAUAAUUUAUGUCAUUGCAUUUUAGAUAUCUAUAUAUUUAGUAUUUUUUAUUUUUUUUACUUGCAAAUUUCUAUUACAUAUGCCAAGUCGUUUUCUGCAGAAAAAAAUUAUACUUCAUAUAUAUAUAUAUAUAUAUAUAUAUAAGGUCAUGCAUGUGAAAUAGUUUGAGAUGUCAGAAUGAGUAUUUCUCUGACUGCUCCGAGGCUUCUGUGUAUCUGCUCUUCUUCAUGUCAUGAUGCUGUUUAUAUAAAGUGAUGACGGUAGGAGACGCUGUCAUAGAGUCAGUCGUGUGUUGUACAGGAGGAUCUGUGUAAGAGUGUUCAGAGAGUCAGGCUUGAGUGUUGUUCUGUGGACUCAUAAUACAGGGAGCACAGAUGUACUGACCUUCACACAGAUAACUGUUGAGGGCUCUGGUUAUUUAUACUUGAUGUUGUUAAAGUCACUGGUGAUUUUCAGAAACUGAAAUGAACCACACACACAGUCUCUGAAUAUCUGAAAUAUCAUGUUUUAGUUUGCAGUACUUCAUCUGCUUCCAGCGGCAGAAUCUGAGAAAUAAAGAGUACAGACCGAAAUGA